GCUUCAAACUUACUCCAUUUUCUUCUUAUAGUACUACUCUAGUGUUUGGAAGGAACAAUCAAAUUAACACUAGGAGGAGCAUUUUCUUUGGUUGAAUUGAGAGAAGAAUAUGACUACAGCAAGAUUCAUCAAGUGUGUCACAGUUGGGGAUGGAGCAGUGGGAAAAACUUGCAUGCUCAUUUCCUACACCAGCAAUACUUUUCCCACGGAUUACGUUCCAACUGUAUUUGACAAUUUUAGUGCCAAUGUUGUUGUGGAUGGAAGCAUAGUGAACCUUGGCUUAUGGGACACUGCUGGACAGGAAGAUUACAAUAGGUUGAGGCCUCUAAGUUACAGAGGAGCUGAUGUGUUUCUGUUGGCCUUUUCUCUCAUAAGCAAGGCCAGUUAUGAGAAUAUCUACAAGAAGUGGAUACCUGAACUAAGACAUUAUGCUCCUAAUGUACCAAUUGUGCUUGUUGGAACAAAACUAGAUUUGCGUGAUGAUAAACAGUAUUUGAGUGAUCAUCCCACAGCAACACCUAUAACAGCUGCUCAGGGAGAGGAAUUGAAGAAAAUGAUUGGAGCAGUAACUUAUAUUGAGUGCAGCUCCAAAACUCAACAGAAUGUGAAGGUAGUUUUUGAUGCUGCAAUAAAGGUAGCUUUGAGGCCACCAAAACUGAAGAAAAAGAUUUGCAAAAGAAGAAAAUGUGCUAUCCUUUGAAUGAUUACCCAAUUACAUAUCUUGUAAUUUUAAAAGUUGUUGGGAAAAUUAUAUAUCUUGAACAUAUACCUUGAACAUGAUUUUGUAUUCUUAUAACCACAAUUCAUAAGUAUC